AUGAUUGCCAACGGUUCUUAUACAUCAUCAAUUGAGAGGCAUGCAAUUUUCUCGGCUUUUCUUUUUGCUUACAAUUCACAUGAGGAUAUUGUUCUAUGUCCAGACGAUAUUUGGCUGAUGAUUUGCAUCUAUUUUUCUCAAUAUGUAAAUGAUAAUGCAGAGCAACUCCGGAUACUUUUUGUUGAUGAUUAUGAUCGAAAAAGAUUGACCGUCAGACAAACAGCCAGGAUUGAACCCGAUUGGAAUGAUUUUCUUGAGCGAAUGCGAGUAGAAAUAAGCCAGAAUAUGAAAACUGACGUUGCAGAAAUGUUGACAUCAAAUUUUUCAACAACAACCAAUAUUGAAUCACUCCUUUCAUGUGUAGCCAUCAUGGAUACAUUUCAAAAGUAUUUCGAAUAUGAAUGCUAUAUUACCAAGUGCGGCAUUCGCAAUGUUCACUUUAUGGGCACAUUAGACGAUUGGAAUAUUCUACGAAAAAAAGCUAUAGAACUCAAGAAGUUUACUAUGUCUGAUCGAAAUAAUUUUGAGAGUUACAUUAAUGCCUUAUUACCUGUCAUCGAUCAAUUCAUUCAAACCUAUCAAGGUAAAGUCGAUAAUGAGUUCUGGAACAAGAUCAUGGAUAUCGAGCAUGUGGGUGGUGGUGGAUCAGGAAGAAUGGCUGGAACAUACGUGAGUGGAUGGUUUCUUCGGCUCUGUUAUGGAUUACAUACAAAGAGUGCCCAUUCUAGUAAACAAUGA